AACAGGGCGGCCGGCAGCCGGCAGCCGGAGUUUGCGGGCCUGCGCGCGCGACAUGGUGCGGAGUGACGUCCUCGUCAGCGGCGCGUCCACAGAGUCGGCUGGCCCGUCCAAGGGGCCCUGACAUCCUUCCGCCUCGUCGACGUCGCACGAGCUUCCUUCUCCACCACAUCCUCAAGCGUCUCACUCGUCGUUGCUCUCUCGUCGCUCUGCCUGCUUCGCCUUGCGUGUCCUAUCUCUAGCCCAGCUGCACCCAUCUGCUACGCGCCGCCAUGAAGGGCCUCCACGGAUACUACUUCCUGCUGCCGCUCAUCACCUUCUCGCUGUGGAUCACCGACAUUGUCGGCCUGCUCGGCCUGUGGGCCAACGACGACUUCAACGAGUACAAGCCGACGAACGCCAACAUCGUGUUCAUCUCCAACGUCGGCGCCGUGCACAAGACGUUCUUCAUCAUCUUCUCCAGCCUCAGCGCCGCCUUCUACAUUGCCACGACGCUCACGGAGCGGCACCUGCGCCAUGCGCGCCGCAUCCCGGGCUCGCUGCGCAAGCGCCAGACGGUGCUGGAUGUGUGCAGCCUGAUCUUCGCCUUCAUUGGCGCCGCCGGACUCGUGCUGCUUUCCGUGUUCGAUGCCAACAACUACUCGAACGUGCACUGGUCCAUGACCGUCGUCUUUGUCGUCGGCGUCGGCCUCUCGGUGCUCUUCCAGACGCUGCAGAUCUUCAGUCUCUCGAAGAGCCACGAUGACGAGCUCUGGCACCUGCGCGCCAUGGCCAUCGUCAAGACGUGCCUGCUCGCCUUUGCCGUGGUAGUGCUCAUCGUCUUCGUCUCCACGUACGCCACCUGCCGCGGCGACGCCGACCCGGGAGACACGCGCUGCGACCGCAUCACGUCGGCCGCCGGUGUGGCCGAGUGGGUGUGCGCUUUCGUGCUGGCCUUCUUCUUCCUGACCUACACGGUCGACUUCAUGCCCGCGCGCAAGCGCGCCAACGCCGGCCUCAGCGAGGAGGGCAGCAUGGUCGAGGACCGCGCGCGUGCCGAGGCGCACGGCGAGGGCCACCACCCCAAUGCGCCGUACGCGGCUCCCGCCAUGACGCAGCACAGCAACACGACGCUCACGGCGCAGCAGGUCAAGGACCAGGAGAAGGCUGCGGGCCAGGCUUACUAAAGCGCGCGCCCGCCGGGCGCCUUUCUCGACGCGCCGCUCGAUACCUCCUCUUCAGCUGCUGUUCUUCUUAUCUGUACAUUGCGGUUCGUCCUAAUCAUACACUUGCAAACAGGAGCCAGCACAAGCAGAGCGAGGGGGAGCGAGGGAAUCGGUGCUAGCAGAGGG